GAGGAGCUCAAACAGCAGCAGGCAGUCGCCGAGCAACAACACUGCUCCUCGCAGCUCACAUCACCUCACUACUCUCUCUCUCUCUCCGUGGGUCUCUCCUGAUAGAGAAUCACCCCAGUGAGACGCAUUAAAGGACUUUCAGAAGAGUGUGAUCUUACUGAAGAAUAAUGACACUAGCAGCAUACAAAGAGAAGAUGCGGGAGCUCCCCCUGGUGUCGCUCUUCUGUUCCUGCAUCCUGCCCCAGCAGCAAGAAAAGAUCUCCAAAACAAAAGAAGAUGUGGUGGACCUCAACCUGUGCAUCAUCAAAGACAUGGAGGUGAUCGAGCUCAACAAGCGUGCCUCCGGCCAGGCCUUCGAGGUCAUCCUGAGGCCGCCGUCCUUCGAAGGGAACCACGACUUCCAGCCCACCAUCCCGCCCCGAAGGGACCCCUCCCUGGAGGGCAUCCAGAAGAAGCUGGAGGCCGCGGAGGAGAGGAGGAAGUGCCAGGAGGCUGAGCGUCUGAAGCAGCUGGCGGAGAAGCGUGAGCACGAGAGGGAGGUGGCCCAGAAGGCCAUCGAGGAGCACAACAACAAGAUCAAGAUGGCGCGCGAGAAGCUCGAGCAGAAGAUGGAGGCAAAGAAGGAGAAGAGAGACGCACACAUCGCCGCCAUGCUGGGCCGGCUGCAGGAGAAGGACAAGCACGCUGAGGAGGUGAGGAGAAAUAAGGAGUUGAUGGAUGAUUGCAGCGAAUAGAGCGCCUCGGCCUCUGAGUCUCCACACACAGCUCGUUUUGCUGUGUCCCUUUUCUAACCAUAGAGGAGGGACACCAAAACCAGGGAGAGCUCUUUCGCAACACUAGGAUGGAUAUCCAUAUCGUACAUGACAGGGGGAUGGGGGAGAAAAGAGACAUAGAGAGAGAGAGAGAGAGAGAGAGAGAGAUAGAGAGAGAAAGAAAGGGAGAGGAUGGUUUGUGCAUCUGACAUGGAAAUUCAGAGUGCUGUGGAUAUGUGUUGCAUCGGCUAGAUAUUUAGUGUCGCCCGAAACCGUGUUCUGCGCUUCUGUGGUGUCAUUGUCAUAACACACACACGAGAUUUUGUCAGUAGGCAGAUGGCGGAGAUAAGAAAAUGGCGGGCCUGGCGUUCUUCUAUUGGGCUCAGAAGGAACACAGGCACAAACAUUAUUUAGCAACGAGGCUGAAAUUCGCUUCGUGUUUUUUUGGCCUCAAACGCUACUAGGCCUGAAUGAGGACUGCUUAAAGUGAUCAAAGAAUGAUCUCUGUAGUUCAAAUAAACAAAAUUAAGUAAAAGCACACAUUCAGUUAUCCGUAGAUGUAAACACAAUAAGGUCUACACUGAAUUUCCAUGAAACUUUUGCCUUAGAUGUUAGUGUUGGUUUACGUAUCAGUGAUUGAAGUAAACGUGUAUUUGGUAUACUGUGGGACAUUGAUGUGAUUAGCUCUUGAUGUAAAUAUCAUUUCAAAAUGCAGUUUUAAUUCAGUGCUAGUAGGUUUACGUUUUCACAUAUGCCAUUUGAUUUGUUGUGUUGUUGUUGAUAGUUUUGUGAGUCCCUGUGUAUCUCUGUGAUUAGCAUAGAAGCCAACACACACACACACACGCACACACACACACACACACACAUACUCACACACACACACACACACACACACACACACACACACACGUCUCAUUCAGAGCAUAAUAAUGACUAAGCUAAGUGAGAAGUCUGUAUUGUGUUAGCAUGCACUGAUUCCCCCCUCCCCCAAGAUAAAAAAAUA